AUGAUCUCCACUGUGGCGAUCCGUCGCGCCAUUCAAGCAGUGACCCCUCCAAAACUUCAUGGGUCGAGUAUAGGCGACCACUACCGAUGUUGGACCUGCAAAGCGCGGAAAGUCAAGUGCGAUGAGAAGCCUGGCGGUUGUCGCGCAUGCGCAAGGAUAGGCGUCACUUGCGGUGGUUAUAAGAUCAAGUUGCGUUGGGUCUAUUCCGAGGCAGACGAAAGGGCCAGGGGAGGUAAGGUCGAACGCACGGGCCCUGAAAGCACUUUAAAUUUCGAUGAUGAAGAAAUUGACCACUUUUUAUCCGAAAUUGAAAAUGCUUCUUCCAUACGACUUUCCUCCGUCUGUGGUCCCUUUGCGAUAUUCACAGCGACUUGCCAUAAGAGCGAACAAGCUUCAAUUUCUGAACUGCCGUCGCCGGAGCCCGAUUCUGACGAAUCUAACGCUUUGGAGUGUAAUGGGCAAACCCUUAACCAGGAUAAUGAUUUGGCUAUUGUACAGUCGCCUCAUCGGCAACAGUUUGAUGCCUUGGAUUCCCUGUCUAGUGUGGUCCAGAACAAUUCCCACGAUGCUGCCCUUGAUUUGAUUAGAGAACCAGCGCAAGAGCUCAUCCAAGUUUCCGAGAACGCAAACAUUGGCUCUGAGCAAUGCCAUGGUCACCAUAUAACCUCCACGCCUUUUACUUCUUCGCGGUUUAUACCUUUCCUAUGCCGUCAGCCACAACAGCACAUGUCAGACUACCCGGAAACAGAUGCUCUUUUGCACCACUAUUCGGCAAAUGUUUCCGAUAUUCUUCAACCCCUGUUCCACCCUGACAACCCUUAUCGCUCAAUUUACGUCCCCGCGGCGCUAGAGGGUCUCUUUGGUUCGGAAUCCACCAUCAAAGUUGCCGUUCCAAAUGUUAAACGAUGCAUAUUCCACUCUCUCAUCGCCACUGCUGCAUUCCACCUUAGUGGCUGUAAUUCGGCUCCAAAAUACCAUAAGAUCGGUAUUCGACAUCAAGACGGAAUUGGUUCUCAUCUUGAGCAGUGCGUGAGCUGA